CUAACAAGGGUGGGGCUCAACACGCAAAAAAGACAAUAUGGAUCAACAACAAGCUCAAAUUUGGUCUCAGCUUUCUCCUUACCAGCAAUUCCAGCUCUUACAGCAGCAAAGCCUAUUAUCACAAGGUGCCUAUUAUGAUGAUCUUGCUCCUGAGGACACUGAAUGGUUUACCGAGCCAGCCCCUCCUGAUCCUCCGGAUACUGCAGUCACUGAAUACAUGUACGAGCGAUUAGCACAUACUGCUCUAGAUAGCUGGAAACUUUAUCAAAAUGAGAAAGAGAUGAAGAGAAUUAACAGUCGACUCAGCCAAAGUGGCAGAGGUUUGGGCGAGACUUCUGACUUAAAGGGAUUGAUAGACACAAAAAAACUUUCCGGUUUGUAUAAGGCGGCAUUUAAAGGAGAUGCAGCUGGAAUUAUGAACAUUGUUAAGAGAGAUGGUCGUAAUGCACCUUUGAAUGAAUUAGAUAAAAAUGGAUGCACACCACUGAUGUAUGCAGCAUUAUCCGAUUCUGACUCAGCAAUUGAAAUGUUACUUAAUUUGAGUGUCAGAAGAGAGCAAGUCGAUGCUGUUGGACGUACAGCAGUGCAUUAUGCUGCUUUUUUUGGUAAGGCAAAAUCACUCAAGUUUUUGAUAGAAUCUGGUUCAGAUUGGACUCCAAGAGAUGCAUAUGGUCGAACUCCCUUACAUUGGGCAACUGCUAGCAAAAACACUAAAUGCCUCCUAACGUUGCUAAAUUAUGCCAGCAUUGUUAACGGCAACAUUAAUCCUCAAGAUAAUGAGGGAAUGACUCCAGUACACUGUGCUGCUCAAUUCGGCUCUGCUAAGCAUAUAACACUAAUGAUUGAAGCCAAUUGUGACUUUUCUCUUGUUGACAUUGAAAGAAAAACAGUUCUUCAUUGGGCAGUGGAAAACAAAGACAUGAGCUCCUUGCAUGCAAUAGUUAAUCACAGCCCUUACCUUCUGAAUAGACAAGAUAUCAAUGGUCAAACUCUUCUCCACAUCUCAUCAAAGAAAGGCAAUGGGCCUCUAGUUGAGCGAUUGCUAAACAUUGACGGAAUUGAAAUAGAUACUAGAGAUAAGCAAGAUUGUACUCCAUUGCUUUUGGCUACAAUGGAAGGACACAGCAAUGUAGUGGACUAUCUUUUAGACUUUCAUGCCUUGGACUCUUGCAUUGAUGCUUCAGGGCUAACUGCUUUGCAUUAUGCAGUGCAAAUCAAUUCGGUCAAUUGUGUUAAAUUGCUCGUAGAAAAUGAACAUGCUACUCACAUUCCAUCUGCUAAUGAGCAAGGUUUAUUGCCUUUGAGUUUGGCUGCCAUUUUUGGUUUUAGUGACAUUAUAAAGGCACUGCUUGUAAAUCCUCAUAUAGCUAAUGACAUAAAUCGUACUGAUUCUAACAGAUUGACAGCAAUGCAUUAUGCCUGUGAAGGUGGAUUCUUUGAUUGCGUGGUCACAUUGUUACAGCACGGGAGCGACCCUAACCAGCUGAACAACGAGAACAUAACUCCAUUAGACAUUGUCUGUGAGAAUGGAUUUUACAUCUGCAUUGGACCACUGAUCAAUGGAGGGGCAGAAGCUGAAAGGAUCGGUAAUGAUGGAUGCAGUGUCCUUCAUAAAGCCAUUUUGUCUGAGAACUCAGAAAUACUGAAAGCUCUUAUAAAUGCCAAUUGCAAUGCUGAAGUUCCAGACAGUAAUGGACGAACACCAUUAGAACUGUCAGUGUACAUUGGAAACAAGGAUAUAACAGCAUUACUAUUGCAGUCAUCAAAUGCCGAUCCAAAUGCUAUGGAUGCAUACGGUUUAACAAUGUUGCAUAUUGCUGCUAAAGAAGGUAAACAUGAGAUUUUACAAUUAUUGCUUGUGAACAAUGGGUAUAUCAACAGCAUGGAUGCUACGGAGGAUAGAUACACUCCAUUGGAUUAUGCAAUCCAAGGAAAUCAUUUUGAGUGCAUGACUACUUUGAAAUCAAAAGGAGGAAUGACUGUUGAUGAAAUAAGAACAAUAGCAGCAGUUUGGAUUCAGUCAUCAUAUAGGAAAUACAAAGCCAUGAAGUUGUUAAAGAAACUACGAAAAGAAAGAUUAGCUGCCGUCUGCCUUCAGAGAAUAUGCAGAGGAUUUAUUGAGCGUAGGAGAGUUAAAAAGUUGCAGAAGGAGUUGAAAUCUUCCAUAAUAAUACAAGCCUUAGUGAGAGGAUUUUUGGCACGAAGAUCAUACCAAAAGCUUUUGCAGAAACGCAUUGAGGAACAAAAGAAGCAUCAGCUCAUUGAAGAAUUUGGACAAAUGUUUAUUGGCCUGCAAAGGAUUGAGCCAAUUGUGAUAGAUGCAGAUGAACUACACAUGAAAGCUAAGGAUAAAGACCAUGAAGGGGCUAAGAAGGAACAGCGAUUUAGGAUUGAGCAGAGUAUGAGAAUGCGUGAGAGAUACAUGAAAGAGCAGAAAGAAUGGGAAAGUUUUCGUUUGUCGGAGAAACAGAGAAGAAUAGAGAAAGCAUAUCAAGAGGAACAAUCCCAACUGAUGACAAUCAUUGAGAAUAGCAAGCAGAGACGGAAAUACUUUGAAGAGAAAUUCAAGUACACCAUAACAAUACAGUGUUACCAUCAUGCAGCAGUCGUGAUCCAGAGAGCAUAUCGGAAGGCAAUAACAAGGAGAGAGAGGAAGAAGAGAGAAGAAGAGAUUGAGAAAAGAAAGCAAAGAUUGUUGGAUAUGCAGGCAGCACGCAUUAUACAACGUUCAUGGAGACGCUAUAAAGAUUGGAAGAGAUUUGAGGCGCAUCAUCUAGACUCCAUCAUAACUAGUCCAGUUGUGAUUAUGCCAAAGCAUCACUUGCCAUCUGUUCCAAUUGCACAACUCUAUGAGAGAUCAACUAUAGUUUCAAGCUCUAGAAGGCGAAAGCUUCAUAAAACAAGUCAAAGUGGUUUUAAAAUAUUCAAGGCAUUGCCUUCAACUUCUCACAGCUAUGCAAGACCCGGUACUAAGCCAGGAAUCAAGACUGACUCAGGUUUAUCACCACGCAUUAAAUCAAUGAUUCAAAACUGGCCUUGGAGUAAAGAGCUAAUCCUCACUCCAGACGAAACCAACGAAGAGUCUUUGAAGCUUCCUAAUAUAAUGCUAAGACAACACACUGGGCAUCGUAGCAACAACCCAUUGGCAAUGACUCCAAUUAAAUUGCCACUUUUAAAAUGAAAUUAUUAAUAAAGAAUUAUGUAAAAGAAGAUCUAAAAUUAAUGUAAAAUACACACACAUUAUUAGCAUUAUAAUUUUUGUCUAGACCAUCAUGAUAAAAAAUACAAAAUAAAUGAUAUAUUUGUAGGUACGAGAGAAAAAGCAGGCACCUUAA